UUUAGCUAUGACGUUAUAUGACAUCAGGCAGCUGCAAAAGCAAGCCACGUGGACUUUUACACUUACAAGGAGGAAAUUCUGAUUCUAAUGGCUGCAUGCACUGGGAAGUUUUCUGUUCUUCGUUUCACUGACGAUGGUUGUGUGUGGGGCUCUACAAGAGAGGAGAUUGAGCAGCUGCCAUUGUUAGAGGUGGAGCUGACAGCACUGGAGGAAAGUGAACUAGAGUCAGGGACGAAGAAGACCUUCCGUGAAGAUGAUUUGUGCCUGGUUCGUAACGGGGGUGUGUGGAAGAGGGGAAAGAUUGUCUCACUGCUGGCUGGGCAACUAGGAACACAGGCUGAGAUAUUCUUGAUUGACGAAGCUGCUCAAAUAUCAAGCCACAUGAGAAGUUGCUUUCCUAUGCCAGCCAACCUUCGAGAGGCCCCACCUCUUCUUAACCGCUAUUAUUUGAAGGGCAUCAGGCCAUCUAAGGAGGGCCUUGAGAGGUGGUCUGAUGAGGUGAUGCAGCUACUUAAGGGACUCAAUGGCGACUGCACACUCGAUGCUCUCCUGGAGCCAGGGAAUAUGGCAACUCUCUAUUUGAAAACUGGUGGUGUUCAGAGAAGCUUCAAUGAGUGCCUAGUACAUGCUGACAAAGCAGCUCCUGUAUCUAUCGAGUCUGAGUUGCCAUCACAACCAUUUCAAUUGUCAAAGGUUGAUGAAGUCGCUAAAAACAUCAGCAAAAGAAAACCACCAGUAACACCAGAGGUGUACAUUGAGGGUGGGCAGGAGCUGGUGUGUUGGAACUCGUUAGAGACAUCUUCAUUUCCAGGCUCCGUUCAAAAGGGGCUCCUGUCCCUGCGUUUCAAAUCCCCUACACCAGCCCAGGCCCAUGCGUGGCCUUACUUAUGGCAAGGGUACAGUGUGGUGCUUAUCUCACCGUCUGGUACUGGGAAGACUCUCUCUUAUCUACUACCAAUCCUGGCUGAUAUUGGGACCUUCUCCUGCUCUGAAGGACCGUCGCUAUUGGUUGUUGUUGGAACUAGUUGGCAAGCUAAGAGUGCACACAUCCAAGCAAAGAGAAUACUCUCUUGGAUGAGUGCUGAGAAACCUUUGAGAUGUUGCUGCACUUACCUGGGAAUUGAAUAUGAGGCUGUAGUGUCCCUCAUCAAUGGAGUGGACGUGCUAGUGGGUACCCCAACCUCCAUCGUCAAGCUACUGGCAAAGAAGGCGUUGUCUUUGAGGCAUGUUCUUAAACUGGUUUUGGACGAUGCAUGUGACCUCUCCUCAAAGUUUCGUGAUGAAGUCAAGGAGAUUGUCUCGGCCUGUCGCUCUGGGAACCUCAACCAGGUGGUCAUAACGGAGUCUGUUUGGUCACCUCUAGUCCACUCCUUGGCAGCUGCCUGCACUACUGAGCCUGUCACUAUCCUCACCAGUGCAACAGAGGCAAUCGUCAAGAAGCAAGCCGGAAUGGAGGUUGUUGUAUGCUGCAGUGAUGGAGAGAGGCUGUCAGCUGUUGUUGAUUAUUUGACCAGAGGCAAUGUAGUCAUUUGCACUUCGUCUGUGGAGGAGGCUCUGGAAAUACAACAGGUUGCUCAGUUGCACAGCUGCCCGUGUGUGAACGUCCAGAGUGAUUGUGACUGUGAUAUAAUAGCAGCAGCUCUUGCUGACUCUGGAGUAGUUGUGGUUUCUGAUGAGAAGCUGGACCUCAUGAGAUACGAGAGACCAACUGUGCAGUGUGUGUUACACUAUAGUCUCCCGCAGUCCAAACUAGGAUUUCAACGACGACUCUCUCUGCUCUACCCCUCCCUCUUAAGGGGUGAGCAGUGUCACUGUACAGUGGUGGUCACUAAGGGUGACGCUAGUCGCAGUGGCUUGUUAGUGGACCUGCUCAAGAGAACUGCUCAGGCCGUACCGACUGCUUUGCAAGAUAUGUUUGAUAAGUACCAACAGGAGAAGGACAAGUUGAGAAGUAGCUAUGACCUCUGUUAUCACCUCAAGGCUUGGGGAGUUUGCAAUAUCGCCAUGUGCCCCAGUCUCCACGCACCUUCCUCCCAUCCUGUGAUCAUUAAGCAUUGCCCUCCUCCGGCACAGCUGCCAGCAAGUGGAACGCUUGAGGUCAAAGUGUUCCAUGUGUCUAAUGCCACUCGGCUGUGGGUGUCUGUAUUGAAGCACCACCCUGAGGCCCGAGGUGGAGUCCGUAUGGAGGGCAACAAUCCAACCACCCCCAUCACCGUCUCACUCAGACUGUCACGCUUCUACUCAACACCAGAGAACAAACUACUCAAAUAUGAUGUGUGUGAAGGUGUGUACUGUGCUCUGGAGGGCGUGGAUGGUAGCUACCAUCGUGUGAGAGUGUUGAAGUUCUCCCAUCCGCUCGGUUUCUGUUUCCCUCACAAGGAGAAAGCCAGGGUUCGACUCAUUGAUCACGGCAGUGUUCAGAUCGUGGACCUAAACCAGUUGUUGGAACUUCCCGAUGAGUUCCUCACCAUCCCUGCCCAAGUGACGGAGGUGUUCUUGUGUGGACUCAGACCAGGAGAUAAGGACAAAGAUUGGUCGCAAGAGGCUGUUGACUUCUCACGUGGUCUGAUGGAGGGCGAGGUGCUCGUGGGGAGGAUAGCCGUCAAGUGUGCCCAGUGUGUGUGGCUGAACCCAGUCGAGCAUAGAGUCUCACUAAACAGACUGAAAGUUAACACGGCUCUGUGCAACCCUGCAAAAGAGCUGGUAAAGGCUGGAUAUGCUGAGAAGAAUGUAGAGCAUCUAUCGAGAGUGAGGGCAGCUCUUGUUGAAGCAGACCACUCCACAGCAGAGAUAAGCAGCUGGUCCACACUGCCUGCCCAUGAGAGGACGGAGGUGUGCGUGUCAGCUGUGUCCAGUCCCAGCCACUUGUAUGUACAGCUGGUUAAGAACCACACAGAGCUGGAUGAGAUGGAAGAGAAACUGAACUGCCAUGAUAUUAUGAGACUAUCCACUGCUGUUUUCCAGGAAGGUUCCUUGUGUGCUGCCCAGUUCCCACUAGAUGCGAGAUGGUAUCGAGGGCUGAUUCGAGAGAGAAGGGAUGAACAGUAUGAGGUAUUCUUCAUUGACCAUGGUGACACUGAGUGGGUGGCCAAUCAGCUGGUUCAACCCAUCGAUCAGACGUGCCUGGAGCUACCAGCACAGGCCAUCAAGUGCUCCCUAACACAUACAGAUGAGGUGGUCUGGCCAGAUGGCAGUGGGGACAUUCUCUGGGACUUGACAAGGGACACCAACUUCACUGCAGAAGUGAUAGGCACUCUCCCUGAGGGCAGCACACCUGUUCUCUCACUGACUCACCUGAUAACAAACGCUAGCCUGCACAACUGCUUCUUGGACAAAACAAGGUCUCCCUCACCAGCAAAGCUUCUGCCUGUUGGUAUUAUCUCUGAAGCAGUCACAGGGCUCACAAUGUCAAAAGUCAAUCAGCUGCAGUUGGCGCAAUUACUAGAAUAUCUGAUGGUCAACAAUCCUAUGUAUGUAGCUAGCAACUUUCAUGAACUGUCUCCUUUGCUUGUUGGCUUAAGAGAAGUGGAAGAUGAUGCUUGUGUACACAUCGUGAGAGGAUUGUCUGCCUCAAGCAAAUGGCUCGGAAGCUGCUUGAAAGAAAUGCACUGGGCAGUGGAUUUGUUGAAGAGAGGCAGCACUCAACUGGUGAUGACCACUCUGCAACUACUCAAGCUUGCUUCAUUCUAUGCGGGGUAUCAGCCAUCCAAUGGCAUCAUUCACUGUCUGUUUUCCUUACUGGAUCAUCCAAAUAUGGCUGUAAAAGCUGGCGUCUUCGAUGUCCUACUGUUGACCAAUGAAAGCUCCUGGGUUGUUCAGGAUAUAGCUAAACUGGUUGAAGCAUGUUGUAGCUACGUGCUGAACGAGGCAGCUGCUCUGUCUUGCCUGAAUCUGUUGGACUGCCUCUCGACUCACGAGGAAGCUGCUCGUGUUAUGAGGACACUCUUGUCACCUGGGGCACUUGUUACCUCAAGGCACUUACAGAGCAAACUAGAGAAGCUUGAGUGUGGCUCUAUUCUCGUCAAUAUCUUGUGGAAUCUGAGCUCAGAGCUCUCGUAUAGAGAACAGCUGUGUGGCAGCUCUUGGUGGGAGGCCCUUGAUUGCCACUUUGUUGUGAUGGAACUUUUCAGGGCAAAAUUUGACCUUAGUAUUGUGCCUAACAAGAAGAAAAGUAAAACUGAUGUCAAAAGCUCUGAGGUGACUCAACCAGCAAAAGAGGGAACACUGAUUUGCCCCAGAGUCCUGUGGAGUCAGCGAAAAUCAUGCAUUGUCCUUGCUGUUCAGCUUAGAGAUUGCGACUGCCAGAAUAUAAAUGUUGUUUUCAAGGAGAGAGAAGUAGCCUUCAGAGCUGAACAAGGAGAUGUGUUGUAUGGCUUUGAUUUAACUCUCUGUGGAAGCAUCGCAGUCAAGGAGUGUGAGUUCGUGUCGACUGCUUUGGAGGUACUCAUCUCUCUGACAAAAAAGUCGAGUGAUGAUUGGUGGCCUUUCCUGAUGAACAAAGCUGAUAAACUACCAAUGUUCUCUACUGAUUUCAAUCGCUGUCAAGAGGUCACCAAUGUUGAAGAAGAUGACUCUCCUGCCCUGAGGCCUACUAUCCCCACUAGGUCACACCUGUUCUCCUCAGAGAGCUCUCAUAGCGAAUUAGAAGGUUCAGACUAUGAAGAGAAAGAUUUUUUCUUAUAACCAAUGAUUACAUGUCUUAAUUCCCCUGCUUUUUUGAUCACUUAUUUUGUCAUCAUUGUGUAUUAAUUAAUUAUUAUUCAUAGACAUUAUUAUCACA